UCUCGCAUGUGCGCUAUAGAUUCCGGGAGAUUUGAACUAAUUUGCGGACAUCAGGGAGAAGCUAUCAAUAUGCGGGAGACUCCCGGAACUUCCGGGAGACUUGGGAUGUCUGGCUUCAUAUCAAAAAUAUUUCCAGAUAGCACUCCUGCUGUGUUCUUUAUCAACCAAAACUGGUCGCGGGGGCGCCGCAUGCACUCGCCAUCUUUACAUUCACUUCACUUUUGCUAUUUAACCAGAGCGAAUGAGACGAGUGCGAAUGUGUGUGGUGUUUGUCAACACGCCUUUGGAGAGAAGUGAAAGUGACAGCUCGGCUAGUAUCGAUACUUCGGGAAAUUAGUAUUGGUACCGUUCAGAUAUUUCAGUAUCGAUCAGACCAUGUGAGCGGAGCGUGAGCGUAGCGGCAAUACUUCCUCCUGAGCGGAGAGCGCCUUUCUGAAGAUUCCGCUCCGUCCGCUCAGCGCCGCUGGCUCUACCCGGAAUGCCCUAUUGUGAUUUGCUCGUUCGAGAAUCGGUGAAUUAGCUAAAGCAAUAGUGGGUUGGUUAUGGAGUUCAGAUAUUGUUUUAAGGAAGUUGCGAGCCUUAUGCAUAAAUGCACAGUAAAAAUCACAGUUAAGAACGAGCAGGGAGGAGAAAUUGAAAGGGAGUGCGCAGUCCCGGCGCCAUGGGCGGGCAUUGGGGGGCCUGGCCCGCCCUGUGAGUCACUAGUGCCCGCCCUGGACGAUCCUGUCUCCCUUCAUCAACUCUACGUCACGUCUCACAUCUCAUUUCAUCGCGAUCUCACAAAGCUCUUCUAAUGCAGCAUGCAGAAUUCAGCACUGAACAAAAACUCCAACGGUUUGAACGAUGAAAGACAUGGAUCUUCAAGAUUCUGGUGAGCUCUUUGAUUCUACACCAGAGAGUUCAGAUAAUUAUGUUCCAGAUACCACUUCCAACAGUGACAGUGAUGUUAGCCUUACACUGAACCCAACAAAACGUCAGCUUCUUGAUGAACUGGAUAUGAAUGAAUCUGCCUCUGUAAGCUUCCCUGACUGUGACACAACAACGUCAGACAAAAUGCACAGCCUUACGUCUAAAGCAUCUGGAACAGUAGAAGAGCCCAGUUCAAGUCAGAAAACAAUAGACUGCGUAGUUGUUAAUGCAUACCAAAAAAGAGAUGGCGGUAGAGUGUAUAACAAGAGACAUUACUGCUUGUAUUGCUCCAAACCUUACGCUAAGAUGGCAAGGCAUCUAGAAAGUUCACAUGCAAAUACAUCUGAUGUGGCUAGAGCUCUAAGCUUUCCAAAAGGUUCAAAAGAGAGAAAAAAACAGCUGGAUUAUAUUCGCAACAAAGGGAACUAUGCCCACAAUGCUGCUGUUAUGGAAUCAGGAAAUGGGGAACUGGUGCCAUUUAAACGACCACCUAAAAAAGCACAGGGAGAGGAUUUCAUGCAUUGUGCGUACUGUCAAGGACUUUUUACAAGAAAGGUCCUGUGGCGUCAUAUGCGUUCUUGUAGACUUAAACCUCAGUCAGUCCCCCCCAAACCAGGAAAAAAACGUGUUCAGUCCAUGUGUACAUACACGGGGCCUGUGCCUUCAAACAUGACCAAACAACUGUGGGGAGUAAUCAGUGCCAUGAAUCCUGACCCAAUCACAGAUAUAAUAAAAAAUGACAGAGUAAUUACUGAAAUUGGGCAGCACUUGUUGAACAAAGGAGGGCUAUCUGCCAAAAAUAAACAGUAUGUACGGGAGAAGAUGCGAGAAUUGGGAAGGUUGAUUCACAAGGCGAGGAGAGUCACCUCGUUAAAAACGAUGGAAGAUUGUGUAAAUCCAAAGAAGUACAUGGAGACUGUCAAAGCUGUGAAGUAUACGUGUGGGUAUGACAGUGAAACGGACAAGUUCAUGAUUCCAUCGCUUGCAAACAAGCUUGGGAAUUCCCUGGUUAAAGUGAGUAAACUCUUAAAAGCUCAGGGAUUAAUCUCAAAUGACAAACAGCUUGUUAAGAACACCAGUGAGUUUCUAGAAGUCCAUGAGAACAAGUGGAACGAGAUGAUCUCGGCUACAGCAUUGAGGAACAUCAGUGAAGCAAAGUGGAAUGUGCCCACUAUCAUGCCCUUUACUGAAGACGUCCAGAAAAUGCAUACAUAUCUCAGUGAAGUGCAAGACAAGUGGUUCAAAACACUCUCUGAAAGUCCCUCUACUAAAGCCUGGAUGGAGCUGGCAAAGGUGUGUCUAGCCCAGAUGAUUCUCUUUAACCGCCGCAGGGAAGGAGAGGUUUCGAGCAUGCCUUUGUCUGCAUUUCUAUCAAGAGACACUUCUGAUCCACAUGAGGAUGUGGACUGGGCACUCUCUGAAGUGGAAAAAAAACUCUGCAGACACUUCACAAGGGUUAUCACAAGGGGAAAGCUUGGUCGACCAGUUCCAAUUCUUCUGACUCCAAAAAUGCUAUGUGCCUUAGAACUCCUUGUUAAGCAGAGAGAGGCUUGUGGGGUUCUGAAAGACAAUCCCUAUAUGUUUGCAAGACCAGAAGCCAUGACACAUUUUCGAGGGUCAGACUGCCUCCGUGGCUUUGCUAAGGUGAGUGGCGCAAAGUGUCCCAAGUCACUGACAUCUACAAGACUGCGAAAGCAUGCCGCAACGCUUUCAACUGUGCUGAAUAUGACUGACACAGAGAUGGACCAGCUGGCAAACUUUCUUGGACACGACUUAAGAAUCCAUCGUGAGUUCUAUCGACUCCCUGAGAAGACCCUGCAACUUGCCAAGAUCAGCAAAGUUCUAAUGGCUCUUGAGCAAGGAAGAUUAGCUGAGUUCCAUGGCAAGAACUUGGAUGAAAUUGGGAUAGAUCCUGAUGAAAAAGUUAUUGACUGUGAUGAGGAAGACGGGGGCAUACAAGAGAGACACUGUUCAUCUACUGUUGACAAACCAUCUUCAGACGUGGCACUUCCUCCUACCGAGAGGAAUGACAUGCCGCCACCACCUAAGAGACGCAGACCACCAUCAGAUGAAGAGAUGCCUUCAGGAGCCAGUGCUGUGAGGCCUUCUUCCAAAGGUAAAAGUACCCAGAAGACACCCUGGCAGCAGACAGAGGUGCAGGCGGUUGAAAGGCACAUGCAGCGAUUCAUCACAUCGCUCACUGUACCAGCAAAGAGCGACUGUGAGAAAUGUUUGAAAGCUGAACCAGGAGCGCUGAAGAACCGCGAUUGGAAGACUGUAAAAUUUUACAUUUAUAAUCGUAUUACAGCUUACAAAAAGAAAUUGCAGUGCAAAUAAUAAUAAUGUGAAGAUCCAACUCUGUCAUGGCAGGUUUUGUUCAAAGAUGUUAAAAGGUUAAAGAUAUUUUUGGGUUUACUAACCCUUUAAAACUACAGAAACACGUGUAGGCUAUAGAAUAACUUUAUUUGAAAUGUUGUUUGCCAUAUGUUUUAUGAUGACUGUGAUGACCACCAGUCGGAAAGCAUUGGUCGAACAAUAAAGUUAUUUUAAAGUUGUAGUUUGUUUAAAUUCACAUGUAUGUGAAAGGAAGCAUGUGUGAAAGUUAUAUAUAUAUAUUUUUUUAUACUUUUAAUAUCAGGACUUUGUUUUGAGGUAUGACUGCAUUUGAGUUAUUUU